CUGAGAGUAAUCUCACUUCAACUCUGUUGUCGUCUCGCUCAGCACACUUGAACGCAAGGUCUGCUUCUUGGACGCUCCAUCACCACCGAAUUGGACCAUAUUUCUGCUUCUCACCCCCGCCAUCCACAUUCGCCAUGGCAGCCGUAUGCAAAGCCUGCGAGGACCCCCUCAUCAUCACAAUCGACCCAGACAGCGAAGACGAAGACAACCAAACCGGCGACGAGCCCCAAAACGUCCCCGAUGAUCUCGAGCUCCCCUGCGGCUGCCACUUUCACUGGCAAUGCCUCCUAGACCAAUCCGAACAAACAGCCCUCUCCCUCUCCUGCCCCUCCUGCACAACCUACCUCCCAACCCAAACAUCCACAGGCGAACCCGCAAUCUUGACCCGCUACGUAAACGAAGGCGGCCUCCAAGACAGCCUCGACAUCCUCCCCACCAUCACCGAAGAAGCCUACCUCGCCUCCAACCCAGAAGCCCGCCCCGCCCGCGCCUACCACCUCAUGGCCUCCGAAGGCGACGUCCAAGGCAUCGUCACCCUCCUCCAGGACGCAAACGAGGAACUCGCAGGCGACGUCGCCGCGCUCGGCCAGCUGAUCCGCUACCAGGACCCGCUCGCCGGCGGGAAGAGCGCGCUGCACGUCGCGGUGGAAAAGGCGCAGGAGGAGGUGGUCUGGUUGCUUCUGUGGAUCGCGUCGCGGUUGCCGACGGACGUGUUCCCCGCUGCGGCGCGGCAGGCGGCGGAGGGAUUGCAGCUUGUGAGGUUGACCAACGAUGUGGGCGAGGACAUUCGCGCGCUCAAGGCCGAGAACGGGACGACGGCCGAGGAUGUGGCCAAGGGAUCACCUGCUCGUUGGGGUGCCUUGGUUGGUGCCGGUGUUCUGCGUGCCUAAGUAAUGUUGAGAGAUGGAAAGUAAAAAAGAUACCCAGCCUAUUGUGGAAGAAUUAUACAAUGGAACGAGAC